AUGGUUCGUGAUGACCUCAACAAGAGGAGGCCCCCCUGCGAUAGCCUAGCCUUAUCACCGAUGGUCCGUCCAUCCAACCCCAGGCCGGUGAGCAGCGAGGAGUUUGAGGUCGGUCGGGACGCGGUGCACGGCCCAGUAUCGGAACCCAUGCCCAUGCCCAAGCCCAUGCUCGUUGCCGUCUCGCCUCAGGUCCUCAAUAUCUCGCAUCCGAAAAAGCAAGAAAGCCAGAAGAGAUUAGGAGCUGAUGCCCAAGGGCAUGACAAGCGAGCCGCGGACCAUGCUAGGCGGACAUAG